AUGGAUACUCUACACAAAGCGUUCUUCUCGAUCUUUAUGAUAACAUGGGGUAUUCUCAUGCUCGUCAACGUUGCCAGCAUUUGCGGUAGGACAGCAAGGACAUUUGGACGGCUUCGCUUCUGGUCACUUAUCCCUCUCUGGCUGUAUGGACCGCUGGUAGUUUUAAAUCCCUGGUGGCGGCUGGGACAUUUAGACAGAGGACGUCAAUUUCUCGGCAUCUGGUUGACCUUAUGGCCUCUCGUCAGCGCAGUGAUUGCGACGACGUGCAAGAGCCAAGGAUCCCUCGGGUCAUGGAAGUCCUCCCAGCGAAGCCGUGGCUGCUUUUACAUCUUAUGCGUUGACUGGGCUAUUAUUCUCUUCUUGAUCGUGGAAGUCUGCCGGAACCCGAUUCCCACUGGAUCCAAAGACUGGACCUUCGGAGCUAGCCUGGGGAAGAUCAUGACUAUGUUCACAAUCAUCCUUCUGGCUAGUCAAGACGUUCUGUUGUUCCCACUCGCCGCGUUCCCUCGCUUCGUAAGCGUGCCAGCGAUUGUACUCAGACGACGCUUCCUCCCAACACAGCACAAACCGGUCAAGCGGUGGCCGUAUGACAUCAAUCGACUGUUGUCGCAAAAGUCUCCAGGGAGAGAGAAGUCCUUGGCGACCAUGCUACAAAAUGACGAUAUCGCUGAGCGAGUCGCGAGCUAUCUUCACUACGGUGACGUGGUGAACUUAUCGCUCACGUCUAAAUUGAUGCGCACUACGGUCUUCUACCCGUCGGUGGAUCCAGACUCUCGUCGGGACCGAAUAGAAUCGCUAUGUGUAGCAUCUUGUCUCAAAGGGACGAAGAGUGAAUGCUGGUCAUGCGAACGCGUGAUCUGCAACACCUGCAGAGCCCCGAAGCAACGAAUCCGAUCGUCCCGUAUAAAAGACCAUUUCACGCAUUGCUACGCGGUUUGCACAAUGUGCUAUUUGAUCUCCGCUCAAGGCGGCGCGGCACCUUUCAAUGCGAAGUGGAACAUGCAAGAUCUCGAGAUGCAGCAUAUCAAUUGCUGUUCUUUCCGAGAGCCACAAUGGGAAGACGGUGGUGGAUUCUUGUGUCGAUACUGUAUCAAGCUUGACGGGCAGAAACUCACAGAGAUGAGGGAGAUGAGGGAUGAGUUCUAUCUCAGCAAAACACUGCCGAGGAAUGUCGAUUGCGCGAUAUGUAUGUGGCCUAUAGGGAAAAGGUCUACUCGGUGGUGGUUUUGUGGGAAAGGAAAACAUGAGUGUCAUUGGGCGGGCCAUCAUAUAUAG